UUUAAAUUUAUCUUUUUAAAAAUGUACUACAAACGUUAACACUCUGUCACUUCACUCUCUCCCUUAGUUAUUAAUACUUAAACGAUUUUCAUGUCAUCCCAAAACAAGUUUUGUUCAUAAAUGUUUUUUCAUGGAGAUUAAGAAACUUAACGUAUAGGUAAUUUUAUUCAAUUAAAUUUAAUGAAUUAUAGAAUUUAUGUAACUAGGAGUAAGGAUAGAACGAUAAAUACACUAAAUUACAAUUAAACGCUGUAACUUACUUCCAUCUUCAAAAUGCUAGCUUUUAAAUUUAAGAAAACUACAGUGGUCAAAAUGAAAAUUCUCUCACGUUUAUAUAUACUCUCCCGCCCCAGGCGAAACCCUAAUCGACUCUUCGGGAUCGUCACUGCUGCCGCCAACGACGCCGCGAUGCCUCCCAAGCUCGAUCCCACGCAGAUAAUGGACGUCUACGUUCGAGUCACUGGAGGAGAAGUCGGUGCCGCCAGUUCGCUGGCUCCAAAGAUCGGCCCUCUGGGUCUCUCCCCGAAGAAGGUAGGAGAAGACAUCGCCAAGGAGACGGCCAAGGACUGGAAGGGCCUCCGCGUGACGGUGAAGCUCACUGUGCAGAACCGGCAGGCCAAGGUCAGCGUGGUACCCUCCGCCGCCGCCCUCGUCAUUAAGGCACUCAAGGAGCCCGAGCGCGAUCGUAAAAAGACCAAAAACAUCAAGCACAAUGGCAACAUCUCCCUUGAUGACGUCGUCGAGAUUGCCCGGGUGAUGAGGCCCAGGUCCAUGGCCAAGGAUCUCUCCGGCACCGUCAAGGAGAUCCUGGGCACCUGUGUCUCCGUCGGAUGCACGGUCGAUGGGAAGGACCCCAAGGAUCUUCAGCAGGAGAUCCGCGAUGGAGAUGCCGAGGUACCACUCGACUGAGCUCAGUUAUCGCUUCUAUUAGUAAAUUGGUUAUCGAUUGUGCCAAAAGCGCUCUUUUUAUCAAUCUCUUUCUGUUGUUCAACUCUAGCAUUUCUGUGACUUUGCGAAAUUGCGGGCGAUUUAAAUUCGAUCUGAUAGUUUUAAUAAUUAUUGUUCUGUUCUUGUU